AUGCGUGCCUCAAUACCUACCUUGGCCUUCUUAGCCUCCGUAACCUUGGCGGCCCGCUUCAUGCUCCACGUUCCCACGACACAGCUCGUAAACCCGUCAACCCUCCCCUCGACCACACACGCAACGCUCCAAUCCUCUGGCGCUCCACUAGACGCCCACAUAACGCGCUCGAACUCCUUCAACUUCUAUAAUGUCUCUGCUGGCAGUUACCUCGCUACCGUGCACUGCCGAGACUUCGCUUUCGAACCAUUGCGCAUAGACGUCACCGUGGAGGAGACGGUUGAAGGCAGCGGGCAAAAGAAGGAGAUGAUCCGCGCAUGGCAAACGUUCAUUGGAAACGAGUGGGAUAAUAAAGGAGAGACAAGAGGGGAAGGUGGGAAUGGCUUGGUGAUUGAGGUUAAGCCCAUUGGGCAGAAGUACUAUUAUCAGGAGCGGAGUGGAUUUUCUCCAUUGUCAUUCCUGAAGAACCCCAUGAUACUCAUGGCUCUCUUCUCGAUGGUGCUCAUCUUCGGCAUGCCAUAUCUCAUGGAGAACAUGGACCCGGAAACACGCGCGGAGUUCGAAGAAAUGCAGAAGAAGGGUGCACUUGGCUCAGGCGGUACGAACACGGCAGCACAGAUUCAGAACUUCGAUCUUGCAUCAUGGAUGGCUGGGAAGACGGAAAGCAAAAGCCGUGGCCAGAGCCCUGCGCCGCAGCAAUCGAAGAAGCGGGGUUGA